AUGCACCACGAAGACAGAGCCGACCGCCAUUGGCGGCUCUCCCGCCUACGGCUGCCGGAUCCUAUGCGGCCGAUCGAUGUCCAUCCAGACGUAGACCAUAUCACCGACCGGCACGAGCGGGAAAUCGCCAUUCUCCGCAUUCUCGAUUCUAUCGGUUUUAACUGGCCCGUCUUCUGCGCUGUUGCUAUUGGCUUCCUCGCAACUUCAUACAGUCUGUUUGCCACAAAUUUUGUGAAGCCGGCCCUACUCUACGUGUAUCCACCGAGCAAUGAAUCCCGGCAGGAUAUUGGAGAAGUCCUUGACUUGACGACCCUGAGCUUUAGCCUGAUUGGCAUGGUUGUCUUUGGGCACUUCGUGGACCGGGGUGGGCGGAAGAGACUCUAUGGUUGGGAGCUUAUCGUCCUCAUACUCGCAACAGUCGGAUUAGUCUUAUCUUCUCAAGGAUUUAUGAGCCCGGGCGCAGAUGGUAGAACUGAGUCCUCCAUGAGCAUCUACGCGUCGAUUAUCUUCUUUCGCUGUUUAUUGGGGUUCGGGAUCGGGGCAGAGUACCCGGUCUCGGCCGUUAUAGCCGCUGAGUUUGCGUCCACUGAUACUAGGGCUGUCAUGAUGGCCUCAAUUUUCCUGAUGCAGAGUGUCGGCCGCUUUUUAGCUAUUGGCAUCGGCCUGGGCUCAUUGCGGAGCGUUAUGCAGCAAUACGACCUGCAUAUAGAUGAGCCUAACAUUGGGGCGGCCGAGAUAAAGUCGAAAGUUGUUAUCGAUAUUGUCUGGCGCACUGUUAUUGGCAUGGGUGGCGUUAUUGCACUCAUCGCUGUUGGCCUUCGUCUUACUAUGCCAGAAUCACCCAGGUACUACUCAGGGAUCCUGAAAGACCUCCGAAAGGCAGCCAUCGCAGUAAAACAGGCCGGUGGGGAUGUCAGUGCCAAUCAACGACCGGAAACCUCUUUCUCCCUGGAGGCAUAUCGCAGCUAUCGGAAGGACGAUGACGAGCCAACGCCAUGGUUCAAAGCCGCUAAGCGAUAUUUGAAGGACGGCGGUUGGAAACCUCUUUUAGGAAUCUCGAGCAUAUGGUUCCUUUUGGACGUAUGCUUUUAUGGAACCAGCUUGGACAGCCCAGGCACAUUGAAUGUACUGUGGCUUGAGACCAAAGUGUUCGACACAACUGGGCCUUUUGUAAACGGCACUGUGGCCGUUUGGAACGCAACUCUACCGAUUUGGAACGCUGAUCCGGCAUUGCCCAAUGCUACUAUACAGAGGGCAUUAAACGACAACGCGGUGCGAACGCUACUGCUGUCCUCGAUUGCAUCACUGGCUGGGAGUCUGGUAGCUAUACCCAUGGUCCACUAUGCGAAUCGCAGGAAAUUGCUGAUCUACACAUCUGUGGCGCUAUCACUUGUAUUCAUCGCUACGGGAGCUAGCGUUGUAAGAACAUAUGCCAGGCCAACACACCACCUCAGCACGGUCUUCUUUGCCCUAGCUCAGUUCAUGUUCAACGUUGGGCCAAACACACUUACUUUUAUUAUCACGGCUGAAGUAUUUCCGACUGUGUUCCGCGGGUCUUUCUACGGAAUUUCAGCUGCUUGCGGAAAGCUCGGCGCCAUCGUGAUCAGGGCGAUUGUAGCUCGCACGGGCGAUGGAUAUCAGGCACUGGUGGCGUAUUUAUUCGUGUUCAGCGUAAUUAUGCUCGUCCUGGCUUUCAUUGCUAUGCUACCGGGAGCCCUGCCACAAGUCCAGAGGGAUACGCGGAAAGGUUCAAAACACCGCGUUCCUCCCAGCCCAACAUUGGCGGCUAUGGAUUAUAAGUCGCCAAGCACGGAUAAUCCCGCCGGCCACUCAUGGAAUUUGUGGCUUCCGAGGAGGUGGAAGAGCAAAGCCCUCGAAGAUAUUGCCCGUUACCCAUCACCACACGACGAGUUUGUGCUUCAGCGAGACAGUGAUAUAUCAGUAAAGGAAACUGAUACACCGGUUGGAUAA